AUGACUACUCAAACUCCAAAUGGUUUCAUUCCUCUUACACAUAAAUCCCAAAUGGAUUAUGUUUUGCUCAACUGUCCAUCAAAUCAAUUGGUUGUAUUCUAUUUUACAUAUCCAUAUUGUUCUCCAUGUAAUUCUAUUUUGAGUCGACUCUCUCAAUGGACUACACUAUUUCCAACCAUUAACUUCUAUCAUAUCAAUUUGGAUCAAAAUACAAAGUCCCACAUUGCUGCAUCAUUCAUUAGUUCUUGUCCAACUAUCCAAGUAUUCCAAGAUUAUAUUGACAUUAAUACAUUUAUUUCAAUGAGAACUAGUAGCAAUCCAAAUGAUUAUGAAUAUGAUUUCAAUCUAUUAUUGGAAGAAAGAGUUUGA